UUUUAAGCCAGAAGCCUCUACCCGCCCUACCCAGUGACAUGCUGACCCAGGUAGGAGGCAGACUAAAACAAUUCUCCUCCGCCUGGCAAGAAAUUUAUGCCUCCCCUUGGGUCACUCGUACCAUAAGAGAAGGCCUAAAGCUAGAAUUUGUUUCCCCACCCCCAAAACAUUUUUUUAUCAACCAAAGACAGCAGCCCGACAAACAGGCGUCCCUAGAGUCAGAGAUAACUACGUUACUCCUCAAAGGAGUCCUCAUCCCUGUACCAGAAGAACAACACGGCGAAGGAUUCUAUUCCCCUAUAUUUUUGAUAAAAAAAAACAAACGGCUCCUUUCGCCUAAUAAUAAAUUUAAAGUCCUUAAACAAAUCCAUCAUUUACAAGAGAUUCAAAAUGGAGACCAUAAAAUCUACCACACAGAUCCUUCCGCAGGAUUGCUUUAUGGCUACCGUCGACCUUCAGGACGCUUACUACCACGUCCCAAUAUACCACAGGCAUCAGUGUUUUCUAAGGAUUGCAAUUUAUUAUGAAGGAAAAUUGUCCCAUUUUCAGUUCACAGCCCUUCCUUUCGGCCUAUCCUCUGCCCCCAGAGUUUUUUCAAAAAUAAUGUCAGAAGUCACGAAAUUUCUUCACCUUCAGGGGGUACAGAUCGUUCCAUACCUGGACGACUUUCUGGUGUUUGCGAAGUCGCGCCAACUUCUACAAUCACGCCUCAAGCAAAUCCGGGACUGUCUUACAACUCUAGGGUGGAUAAUAAAUCCCAAAAAAUCAGACCUUAUCCCCAAUCAGGAAAAGGUGUUUUUAGGGGUGCUGUUGGACUCAAGGCAUCUAAUGUCUUUCCUUCCUAAAGACAAACAAUCUCACUUAAUCCAAACAGUGUCUCAUUUUUCCAGCAGGGAUCGGUCCUCGAUAAGAGACAUCAUGGCUGUACUGGGGCUGCUAACAGCCGCAAUCCUGUCAGUAAGGUGGGCCCAAAGUCACACAAGAGUCCUUCAGGCCUUUCUCCUAUCCUCAUGGGACGGAAAGAACUCAUCUCUAGACAGAAAGGUUCACGUUCCCAGACAGGUAAAACAGUCACUAACUUGGUGGAGAAUAAAGGGAAACCUGAGCAUAGGGGUUCACUGGCGCCCAAGAGAUGUUAUGGUCAUUACAACAGACGCCAUGGUGGCCGAUUAUCUCAGUCGACAUCUCAUAAGAGAAACCGAAUGGUCCCUAAAUCACCACGUUUUCAGCCAGAUCUGCCAGAUGUGGGGGACCCCAGUGUUAGAUCUGUUCGCCACCAAAAGCAACAGGCAGGUCAGAAAGUUCUGUUCCCUCUCGCAAAAAGAUCAUCCGGUAUGGCUAGACGCCCUCUCCCGGCCGUGGCCAAAACAGCUCCUUUAUGCCUUCCCUCCAUUCAGCCUCAUUCCAAGAGUCCUGGUAAAAACUCAGGAAGAGAGGGUCCAUGUAAUUAUGGUGGCCCCCUUCUGGCCAAGAAGGGCUUGGUUUCCACUCCUGCUCAAACUAUCAGCCGGAGUUUAUUGGACACUGCCGUCAAACCCAGACCUACUCCACCAGGGACCAAUAAAUCAUCCCAGUGUAAAGCAACUCAGUUUGACAGCCUGGAAUCUGAACGCCUCCUGCUAAAACGGAAGGGCCUGUCAGAUGUGGUUAUUUCCACGAUGCUAAAAAGCCGGAAACCCGUAACUUCCCGGAUCUACUUGAGAACCUGGAAUGCCUUUUUGUCCUUUUUGGGAAGUGUAGAUUUUCCUGAUGUUCCUCAGGUCCUCCAGUUCCUGCAAGCUGGGUUGGAAAAAGGCCUCCACCCGUCAACUCUAAAGGUACAGAUCUCCGCGCUCAGCGCCUUCUUGGACGUAAAACUGACAGAUUCCCCUCUGAUCAAAAGUUUUUUGAAGGGGGCAGUAAGAACUUCUUUCUUCCCUCAUCCGGUGGUUCCUCCCUGGGACUUGGGCCUAGUUCUUUCUGCUCUCACUACUCCACCGUUUGAGCCAAUUGAUAAUAUCCCUCUAAGGCUCCUCACCAUGAAGACGUUUUUUUUUUGUUGCCAUAACCUCUGCCAGAAGAGUUGGGGAAAUUCAAGCAUUCUCUUGCAAGCCUCCCUAUCUUACAAUUCUGGAUGAUCGUAUAAUCCUCAGGCACUGUCCUGCCUUUCUCCCAAAGGUGGUAUCCAGAUUUCAUCGUGAACAGGAAGUCUCCCUACCUUUGUUUUUUCAGUCUCCAUCUACUGACUCGGAGGGAACUCUCCAUAAUCUGGACGUCAGGAGAUCAGUCCUUUCUUACCUACAAGCCACUAAGCCGCUAAGAAAAUCGGACCGCCUCUUUCUGCAAUUUCAGGGGCCUAAUAAGGGGCAAGCGGCUAGCAAAUCAACCAU